AUGAAGCACAAAUCGACGAGCCCAGAACCACCCCGGCCGGCUGGUGAUGCUACAGCACAGCCGCCAGGGACACAAUUAUUGGCAGAACAUCCCGCAACGAUCAAAGAACACUCACUCAACUCUCCGUCGAACCGUGUCUUCUACUCUUCAGCUCAAUGGACUGCUGAUGGCACUACGAUACUCACUGGGUCUUCGGACAAUUCUGUUUCGUCCUUUGUACUUCCUGCGGAUCUGCUGCAUGCAGAAAACGAAGCUCUCCAAUUGCAACCGCAGGCUACUGUCAAGUUACCAGAACCUACCCAAGUCAUAGCGCCCUCCCCGUUCUUCACCCUGUCCGAACCUGCUUCGCAAACAUUCCUCGUUGGCUGUCGAGAUCAUCCAUUGCACCUCUAUCAUGCCUUCGCGGAGCAAACCAAUGCUGUCCCAAUCGGGCAAUACAAGCUCAUUAGACAUGAAACAGAGCAGUUUAUUACCCCCUCCUCCCUAGUAUGGCAGUAUCCUGGCACUCACUUCAUAUGCGGAUCCGCAAAUCGUUUGGACUAUUUCGACCUAUCGCGGCACGGAUCAGAUGGGCCGGUUUUAACAGUUCCUACCAUUCCCUCCAAAAGACACAUUUCCAAAGGGCACGGAGUAGGCAUGAAGGGAACGGUUUCUGCUCUCGCCGUUUCACCUCCGGAUGCUAAUCAGGCAAUUCUUGUCGCUGCUGGAACAUGGACUCGAUGGAUGGGACUGUAUGACCUACAUCGCGCAGAUGGUGCUGUAGCUAACUGGAAAAUAUCGGAAACCGAUCUGCCUGGAUCUCCGGGUGUUUACCUGGGCCAAGGUAUCAUGCAAGUUUUAUGGAGUCCAUGUGGCCGAUAUCUUGUGAUUAACGAGCGUCGCUCAAAUGGUCUAUUGGUCUACGAUAUUCGAGGCUCAGGGAAGCUCCUCAGCGUCUUGACGGGUCGAAAAGCUGAGACGCAGCAAAGACUCAACUGUGACGUCUUUCAGGGCAACACAUAUGGGGACGGGGGGUUUGAAGUAUGGGCAGGUUCUCAGGAUGGCUCUGUUGUCGUCUGGGACCAAGUCGGGUUGACCGCUGCAGAAACACCGCCGUCAUGGAGUUGGAAAGUUCACGAAUCCCCUGUAUGUGCCACAAUUUUGCACCGUAGCGGAUCGGUCUUUGCUACAUGUUCCGGAGGAUGGGAGCAUUCCAACGUGGACGAGGAGAGUGAUACACACUUGGGGUAUGCUGGUCAUGGACGAACCUACAGAGUUCUCGACGAAUCAAGCCUCAAAAUCUGGUCGUUUAGCGGAAAUGCAUCAGAAUGA